AUGCUUGCCGCCAAUAAAAUAAGGGAUGAGGCCAAGUCCAUCAGCCUUCAACAGGACGUUUCCAAAGGAUGGCUGGUUCUUCGGUAUGGGAGUGCUUCUGAUCAGCUCAAAGACCGCAAUGGUUUUAUUGGCGCUUAUCACCUGCCCCAGGAAAUUGAGCACCUCCAUGCCCUUGCGAUACGCAAGGCUACCGAAACACUCAUUACUGAGUUGGCUGAGCCUGCUGAGAAAUUUCCGUUUUCUCUGAAGAGAAGAUGUGGCUUCACGAAGUUCGUGCCGCGCUUCCUCCCCAAGGUGGAGGCCAUGACGGCCGAUGGUGCCAGUGAUGAGCAGCUGGCAUUAAAUCUGAUGUUCGGAGGCGAGAAGUUCUCAGGAUUGAAGAUUGUGAGUCGGGACCUUGCCCAUUGCAUGAGACGUGUUGCAAGCCGAACAACUUUUGCAGACCCUUACUUGAAGCAAGUGAUGGAUCUUUUCGUCCAUUCAAAGAAAUCUCCAUGCCAGCUCAUCCACUACAGCACCGUCUUCAAGGUUGAAAUGAUGCCUUUUCCGGAUUUCAAUCAACGCCUUCUCAUUGGUUCUUUGAGACUAGAGGCACGCUUCGAGAACAUGGUGCAGAAGGAUGGUACGAAAGCCUUCGGCGACCACUUGGUCGCUCCGACACUCGCAGCACUGGCAGAUGCUCAUGAUGAGCACAUGGUUAUUGUGCGAAUGGCUGACACUGAUCAGCUUGAUGGUGUGGAAAUGCAACAGGUUCUUACAUCGAAUCACGUUCCUCUUCAGCCAUGGACGCAUCUGGCAAACGAAAGGGACGUAUGGACACUGCUCAAGAAGGAGCCGAUUAUUCUGCAUUUUGAAGGCCCGGGUCAUACUCGGAAAAUCGGCGGCCAAGAUCAGCUGACGCAACAACUUCUACGGAAAGUUGCUGCGAGAAUGCAUCUAUGGGUGACUCUAGUGAAAGAGGUUGUCCGGGCCGAGUUGCCGUCCUUUGAAAGUUUCAACAGCAUCAACACGCUGCUCCAGCUGGAUGAAGACCCUGGCGACAUCCAGGAAGCAGCUGAUCGGAUGGCACAUGUGUUGAAUGUGCCAGCAGACUCUCUGAUGCAACUUGAAACAUUGACCACGCAACUCUUCGAUGUCAAGCCUCUUGCAGCUGGCAUCCGAGCGCAGACCAAGAAGCCUGCACUGGAAUGCUGGGCGACGGCU